UACUCAAGAGGAAACGAAAUAUCCCGAAUUCCCCAUACAAGAGUAGCAUAGCCCCUGCAACGGUCUGCGGGAUGGAGAUGACGAGUUCUUCGGGAGUCGGCGAGACUCAGGGGUCAGGAUCGGUGGUGGAGGUGCAAGUGGCUGCGGCGGCGCUGCGGCGGUCGGAGGUGUUCCACGUCGUGAAGGAACUGGUCGGCUUCGUCCUCUAUAUGCACCACCAGAUCCCCUCGGUGUUGCAGAAUCUUGAAAAUGAAUUUGCAGGUUUAAAGGAGGAAAUGAUGGAAAUGGCAGCAACAUCAGCAGAACUGAAACCUUCUGAUCAGAGAAAGUACAACACACGAAAAAGGGAGGUUAGAUGCAGAAUCAAGAAGCGCGAGAAGUUAAUGAAUGGCAUAUCUGCCUUACUCUCUGCUCUUCAGAAAGCGCUUGAUGAAGUUCCUAGCAUUGAAGGAGUUGCCUUAAUUUUGGGGGGCAGUCUUGUUCGACCUUUGUUUGUCUAUGACAUUACAGUUACUCAUGGUAAAUUUGAUUCUGGAAGUGCCAAAGAGCAAACUACGACCAAGUUAGCUCAGUCUGUUUCUCGAAAGGCCAUCCGAGCUCUCAUAUCAGGUGGUGCGGGGAGUUUAUCUUACACAGGCCCUACCAAGCUGUUUCUACUGGUCAGAUGUCCCUGUUCGUUGAACUUACCCCUGGAUUUCAUGCCCAAACGUGAUUUCCGUUACAGUAAGAAGAUUGCGCCCCAGCAUAUGUCUAUAAAAUGUAAUGCAUCGGAAUCCCAAAAGAAUAAUAAGCAUGUUACAUCACUCGUGGAUGCUUUAUGUUGCAGCUCAGAAUCUUUUCCUUCAGAUGUUAUCUGGUUCCAGUGCAAGCACACGAUAAGAGGCUUGCCAUGCAAGGCGUCAUUAGAAGGAUGAUGAUCGGCUCAUCCUUGUUGUCCGACAUCGAUUUGCCAAUUGAAAAAUGCUGUAGCGAGGUGAACCCCCGGGGUCCUGAUUGUGUAAAUGUACGAAAGGAUCAGCAUUCUCAAUCUUAACAUGUCCGUCUUGUGGCACAUCCCAACACACGGCUCCGCUCGUGCAUUUGAGGGUCGCACAACGUAGCAAUCCAGUUGAAAAUGCAGAAUUAACCA